AUGGUUGUCUGCUUGCACUGAAGGAUCUAUUUCCAUGUUGUGUGACUUUAUGAAUCUAUCGACCAAAUCAAACCAGCCUCUGUCUGUGUCUCUCCCUCUUAGCCCCCACUAGAAAUCAGCACUGAGCAGCCGUGAUGGACGAGCAGACGGAACCCACCCCCAGUGUCCCGAAAGGGGUGACCCCUCGGCAGGGCCGGAGGACUGCGAGACGGCGGCGAGGCCUACAGAACCCCCAGGAUUCACCCCAACUGGGGCAAGAGGCCAGCUGGAGCUCCGGGGAACGCUUCAUUGUGGAGAAGGUGCAUGAGUUUUUCCAGGAAUGCAGUGGAGCUGAGAGGGGCUUCAUCACUCGAGAUGACAUGAAGAAACUGCAGGACAAAUUUGCUUUCAGUCCUGAGGAGUUAGAGAUGGUGUUCAACAAACUGGACGUUAAUCAGAGCGGCCAACUCACUCCCGAGAAGCUGACCAAGGGCCUGAGCCACUUUCUAACAGAUCAGAGGUUGGGCGCGGAUGGCUCCGAGGCACAGAACCUUCCAGAAUCUUUGUAUCAAUCCCAGAGCCUGCAGCAGCAGGUCGAAGUGGAAGACGAGGAAAAGCAACUGUUUGCUGCACUGAUGGAGAGACUGGGAGCCAGUACAAUCUUCCCAGAGUAAGUGGAUGGUGUGGCUCUCUCACUGGAGUCUGUCAAGAGCUGUCACUUGUUCUUUUAGGAAAAGUGUGUGUGUCAGAGAUAGCAGGCUCCAACUGCAGAGGCUUCCUGCGUUUCACAACCACACGCUGCUCAACAUUUCCCUCGUUUCUUUUCCUGAAGGCAGGUCCAACCCACUGAACCAUGAGCCAACCCCCUUCAAGCUGCUCAUUGGAAGGUUUCAGAUUCACAGGCAAUGUAUAGUACAGGAGGACAGUAUUCAGCCCAUCGUGUUUACCCAGCUCAAUAAAUGAGUAUCAGUACACCUGAUGAAGGGCUUUUGCCCGAAAUGUCGAUUUUCCUGCUCCUCGGAUGCUGC